AUGAUGGAUGUGAAGCAAAUGUUUGGCGCAGUGAUUGCGUUGCUAGCCUUCUUCCCAGCGCUCAUAUCAUGUCAAAACACAACAACAAACGCCACAACCGCAUCAACCUUCUACCUAGAUCGAACGGAAACUCAAUUCUCAAUCAACAUCGCAGAUGACUCGGACGACAUCUUUAUCUACUAUGCUAGUCCGGCAUAUUCGUGGGUCGGCGUUGGACUCGGUGAGAAGAUGGAAGGAAGUCUGAUGUUCAUCAUGUACCCCAAUGCGAAGAAUGAUAACGUAACAAUUUCACCGCGCAUCGGCUCCAAGACUUCCGAGCCAACAUUUAACUCCUCGAUAUCUCUUACUGUCCUACCAGGAACCCGGAUCGACGACGAUAUGCUCAUCUUGAGAGCGCGGUGUGGUAACUGUCGUUCCUUCAUCGACACUGAGGCGACAGCCCACCCGAUGAUUUUCGCCUUUGGUCAAGCACAAAACCUGCAAUCCAACUCGCCCUCUGCGAACCUCAAACGACAUAUCCGCUUUGGUCACUUCACCAUGGACAUGACGGCGGCAACAGGUGCGGGCGGUGUGCCAGUUAAGAGCAAUGCGCUAAAUGGUGUGAGCAUGGUGGGUGAGAUGACAAGAGACCAUGAUAGAGCGAAUCUUGCACACGCUGUAAUCGGAUGUCUCGCGCUUUUUAUACUCUGGCCGCUCAACAUGCUCAUCGUGUGCUUGUUCAAGAACAUCAAGGUACACGUUAUACUCAGCGUCAUCAUCAUGAUCUUCCUGAUCGUGAGCUACACAUUGGGUGGGAUCACCAGUGCAGAGUACAACCGCUCAAAAGCUUUCAACACACCUCACCAAAUCCUCGCAUUCACAUGUCUCCUCCCUCUCCUCUUAACCAGUGCCCUCCCAUCUCUGAAGCCCUACCUCCCCCGCCUCCAAAAGGCUGUCCACACGCCACUCGUUUCGACCUCUUUUCUCCUGCUCGUCCUAACCGGCGGCCUGGGUCUCCAUCUCUCUGGCCAGACCCGCCCGAUAAUCCUCGUCUACACUGCUGUAUCCAUCGCCGUUUGCGUGUUCAUCUUCUUACUGCAGUCGUGCAUUCGGAAACGUGGAUCUGCGUACUCACGCGCUGUAAAACGACAAGAUCGCGGCUCGGGAGAAGAGAGCGAUGAGAUGGUUAUGCUGGGUAAGAUGGAGGAGGUGCCUGGAUAUGGGAAUUUGCCAUAUGGGUAUGGUGCAAGUCAAAGUGGAAGUCGGGAGUUUGGUGCGGAUGGCCAAACACAACCGCAGCAGCAUCAGAGGAACCAAAGUCGCACGCACUAUGGUGGCGGGACGAUGCCGGGUCCACAGUACUUGCUCAACAUGCAUCCGGGAGUACCGGUGCAGGUUAGUCGAAUGUAA